GGGAGCGCAGAGACAGCGGGCAGUCAUUGUGCGUGAAGGACCACGACAGUCCGGAGCGGCAGGAGUUAGAGGAGAAGACCAAGAAGAAGCCUUUAACCAGAACCUUCACCCUACGACGGAAAUAUGCGAUUUGACAGAGAUUUGAGUGCGCGUGGUUCACUCGUGCCUUUACAAACACAUUCAGGGAGUUUAAAUCUUCCUGCGUGUCGCCGACGAGGCAAUGUUUAGACGUAGACUACCGGCACAGCUCCGUGGAGUUUGGACGUGUGUUUCGUAGCUUGUCACGUGUGUGAAGACAAAUUAUUUAACUGGAGAAACAGCGACAAGAAGCACCGCGAAUGUAGUCUUCAGGGGUGGGGGGGGAAAGCGAAACACUGUACCUGCCAGCGUCUUCCUACAGUCAUCCUGCUACUGUGUGUUUCGGUUUCUCGCAGUGCUGUGUGGGUAAAGUAAAGGGAGGAUGCAGGUGAAGAAGCACCGUGAGUCGGACCGGAGCGGCGGGGACAUGCUGGAAGGUGACGGCCUCCGCAAAAACCCCUCAUGCUUCUCAAAUAUUAAGAUAUUCUUGAUAUCGGAAUGCGCCCUCAUGUUGGCUCAGGGCACCGUCGGAGCAUACCUGGUGAGUGUGCUGACCACCCUGGAGCGGCGGUUCAACCUGCAAAGUGCCGACGUAGGAGUGAUAGCCAGCAGCUUCGAGAUAGGCAACCUGGCUCUGAUCCUGUUUGUCAGCUACUUUGGGGCAAAGGCGCAUCGGCCCCGUCUGAUCGGCUGCGGGGGCAUCGUCAUGGCUCUUGGCGCCCUUCUCUCAGCUCUGCCUGAGUUUCUAACUAAUCAGUAUGAGAUAGGGGAAACGUGGAGGACUGACGUGGGUCGGGAUGUUUGCUCCAACACCAGCAGCACGGAAGUUCAGAAGGCUGAGGACAAAAUAUGCGGCAACAGGGCCAACACCAACAUGAUGUACCUGCUGCUGAUUGGAGCCCAGGUCCUGCUGGGGAUCGGAGCCACACCGGUGCAGCCCCUGGGGGUGUCCUACAUUGAUGAUCACGUGAAGAAGAAAGACUCAUCGCUCUAUAUAGGAAUCCUCUUUUCUACUCUCGUGUUCGGGCCCGCCUGUGGCUUCAUCCUUGGCUCCCUCUGCACCAAGUUCUACGUGGAUGCUAUCUUCAUCGACACCGAUGAGCUGGGCAUCACUCCAGAAGACCCACGGUGGAUCGGGGCCUGGUGGGCAGGCUUCCUCCUGUGUGGUGCCUUACUCUUUAGCUCAGCUCUCUUCAUGUUUGGUUUCCCUCAGUCUCUGCCGACCAAGGAGAGAGAGGACGGGGGAGACAGUGAGCAGGUCAUGCUUCCUCCCUCUCUGAGUGCAGACUAUGAGACUCCAAAGCCGAGCAAUGGGGUUGUACGCAACCACGAGCCUGCCAACAGCCCCACCUGCUGUCAGCAACUCAGGGUGAUCCCCAAGGUGACCAAGCACCUCCUGUCGAACCCAGUGUUCACCUGCAUCGUCCUGGCAGCCUGUAUGGAGAUCGCGGUCGUCGCUGGCUUUGCAGCCUUUCUGGGGAAAUACCUCGAGCAGCAGUUCAAUCUCACCACCACCUCAGCGAACCAGCUGCUAGGUAUGACAGCCAUUCCAUGUGCCUGUCUGGGGAUCUUCAUGGGCGGUCUGCUGGUGAAGAAGCUGAACUUGUCUGCAUUGGGAGCCAUCCGCAUGGCCAUGCUGGUCAACCUGAUCUCCACCGCCUGCUACGUCUCCUUCCUGUUCCUGGGCUGCGACACCGGUCCCGUCGCAGGAGUGACUGUCCCAUACGGCAACGAGACUCUGCGGAUGGGCGAGAAACCAGAAGCUCAGUGCAUCAGUCAAUGCAACUGCUUCACCUCCUCCAUCAGCCCUGUGUGCGGCUCCAACGGUGUCACCUACCUGUCCUCCUGCUUUGCCGGCUGCACCCGGACAGGCAGCGCUCGGACCGGCUCCAACAUCUCUCAGAACCUGACGGGAUGUGCUUGUGUAUCCUCUGAGAGUGAAUUCGCCACAGCGACUCCGGGGAAAUGUCCGACGCCUGGCUGCCAGGAGGCGUUCCUCACCUUCCUGUGUGUGAUCUGUGCCUGCAGCCUGGUCGGCGCCAUGGCCCAGACGCCCUCUGUUAUCAUCCUAAUCAGGACCGUGAGCCCUGAGCUGAAGUCGUACGCACUCGGAGUGUUGUUUCUUUUGCUACGACUCCUCGGAUUCAUCCCACCUCCUCUGAUCUUUGGUGCUGGGAUCGACUCUACUUGCCUUUUCUGGAGCACAGACUGCGGCGAUAGGGGGGCUUGCCUGCUGUACGACAACGUGGCUUACAGGCAUCUGUACGUGAGCCUCGCCAUCAUCCUCAAGGGCGUCGCCUUCCUCCUCUACACCACCACGUGGUAUUGCUUGCGCAGGAACUACAAGAAGUACAUCAAAAGUCACGAGGGCUACAUGACGCCGACUGAGUUUUACCCCUCUCUCACAGAGGGCCCCAAACCAGUCGACAGGACAAAGUUUAUAUAUAACCUAGAGGACCAUGAGUUGUGUGAAAAUAUGGAGUCUGUUUUAUAGUUUGUUAUCCAAGAAAAGGACAAUGUGGACAUUCAUAUUCUGUCAAAGGAAUAUUUUAUUCUUCUUUUCUUGAAAGGAUAGGAAAAAAGUUUUUGAUAAAGGCAAUCUAUUUAACCGGCCGGUUCAGGUCACAGGAGACGUUGCUCUCCACUGCGCUCCAUGUCCUCGAUAAGCUUUCAAGGGUCCAUUUUAGUCGUUUACGUUUCGGCGAGGUGUUGUCCAGUGUUGCCGGUGAAUUCCUGUGUUGACUCGGUGGUAGCAGACGACUGCAGUGCUGUCUGGCUCAGUCCUAGUUGAUCAUUAGUGAGUGGACCUGAUGCUAUUACAACUAGUUGCCAUAUCGUUUUAGGUCUGUCAUGAUUCCAGUGAUCUUUGUGAAACAUGACAGUUUCCUUUCAGUCAGUGCACUGUGUGUUCUGUCUGUCACUCUCUCAAAAAUUGAGAUUUAUAUGAUUAACAAAAAAAGUUUGGGUGGUUCUUCAGUUAUUCUUAUUUAAAAGUUGCCAAGUGUUUACAAACUAAUAGUUCACCAGUUAAUGCAUUUUAAUUCAAUGCAGAAAAGUUUGUUAUGAAAAGAGAACAGAAACCCCCUGACAGGGUUAUUAUAGUGGCCUAUUAGAUGUUUUAACUGUCAGAAGAUUAAGUCUAAUAACUUAAAGGUAGUGUGUCCAUGUUAUCAUGCACUGUUCAGUUAUUUGUUAUCUUGCUGGAUCACAGGCACUGUUUUUGAUACUGUUUAGACUAGACUGUGAAGUCUUGUCUCAUAGGUGCAAUUCAUAUCUGAUACAUCCAUGUUUAUUACUAGUUUUGUGUCAGACUGCAGGUUUGUUUUUCAUUAUAGCAGUUUGUUUCAUAUCCAUGUUUGCUUUUACAUCCGCAGAGUUUAUUCAGCCUAACACGUCUUAAUAAGGGAUUAUUCAUAUAAGAAUGUUAAUUAUAUAUUCUUUUGACUUUUGCACCAAGUGGAAGAGCAAUUAAGAAAAUCAAGAGUAAUGUUUCUGUGUUUGGACAUUCAAGUAAAAGAGAUGAGGAGUAAUAUAUAGGUGUCAUUAGGCCCAGAAUGUUUUAUUAGGUUGUGUUUGAAAGGACAGUAUAAAUUAUAUAUAAUCUAAUUGUCUGAGAUGUGUGUCUGAUGACACAGAAGAUUUGGGACAAUUCAUAGCCAUGAAAGGAGUAUGUUGCUAUACUGUGGUUAUAAAAAAUAGUUAGGCCAUUGUUAUCUGGGAUAAGAGUUACAGAAAUGCUACAGGAGUUUGUGUUUGAAAGGUAACACAAAGAACACACUGAAUUUAUUCUUGGACAUUUAUUUGAAGACCUCAGCACAUACUGUACUGUUACUCUACUGAUCUCUCUAUAUUUACAGUUUUGACAUUGUCCCUUUUCUUACACUUUUUGUAUGGCAACAUAUCGUUUAUUUUACUCUGGAAAUAAAUUAUUUUUCAGAAAAUAAAUUUAAAUUUGAGUGAUCUUG